AUGCCUUGGCAAACUUACGAAUAUAUCCGUACUGCAGUGGGAGAACUGGUGACGCCUCUGUUUCCUACUGGGAGCACCUUCGCCGACCAAGUGGCUCCUGCUUCGUUCAGCAAACGUGACCAGGAUGAGUCGAUGGGCGGGAAUGAUCCAUGGAAGAUUGAAAGUAUUGAGCUGCUUGAUGAGGAGGACGGGGGCCCUCUGUGGGACGAUGUGGACUGGGAGGACAUGAAGUUUGAGCAUGCAGCAGAUUCAAAUUAA